CUCCGUCGGGUCGCGGCUCGGGCUCCUUUGUGUCGGGGCGAUGCUGUCGGGGGGCAAGAAGGGCUUGGAGGCGGCGGCAGGCGGCGAGGGCGGCCCCGAGGCUCCGGUGCCUCCGGCCGCAGCCGCCCCGGGCUCCGCUGCCGAGGAGCGCACGCCCCGCAAGAAGGAGCCGCCGCGGGGCUCCCCCCCGGCCGCGCUGUCCGAGCCGCCCCCCGGGGCCGCCCCUGCGCCCGGCGCCGACACCGCGGGGAUCGCAGAGACCCCCGAGGGCCGCAGGACCAGCCGGCGCAAGAGGGCCAAGGUGGAGUACAGAGAGAUGGACGAGAGUCUUGCAAACCUGUCAGAAGAUGAGUAUUACUCUGAGGAAGAGAGAAAUGCUAAAGCUGAGAAAGAGAAGAAGCUGCCACCACCACCUCCCCCAGCUCCUGCAGAAGAGGAGAAUGAAAGUGAGCCGGAGGAGCCAUCCGGGCAAGCAGGAGGACUUCAAGACGACAAUUCUGGAGGGUAUGGAGACGGCCAAGCAUCAGGUGUGGAGGGUGCAGCUUUCCAGAGUAGACUUCCACAUGACCGUAUGACAUCUCAAGAAGCUGCCUGCUUCCCUGAUAUAAUCAGUGGGCCCCAGCAGACCCAGAAGGUGUUUCUGUACAUCAGGAACCGCACUCUGCAGCUCUGGCUGGAUAACCCAAAGAUUCAGUUGACAUUUGAGGCAACUAUCCAACAAUUAGAAGCACCCUAUAAUAGUGAUACGGUGCUGGUUCACAGAGUGCACAGCUACCUGGAGCGCCACGGGCUCAUCAACUUCGGCAUCUACAAGAGAGUGAAGCCUCUUCCCACCAAGAAGACUGGGAAGGUGAUCAUCAUCGGAUCUGGAGUCUCUGGGUUGGCAGCAGCUCGCCAGUUGCAGAGUUUCGGAAUGGAUGUCACAGUUCUGGAAGCCAGGGACCGAGUAGGAGGAAGAGUUGCGACGUUCCGCAAAGGGAACUACGUUGCUGACCUGGGAGCAAUGGUGGUGACAGGACUUGGAGGAAAUCCCAUGGCUGUGGUCAGCAAACAAGUGAAUAUGGAAUUGGCUAAGAUCAAACAAAAAUGUCCACUGUAUGAAGCAAAUGGACAAGCUGUCCCAAAAGAGAAAGAUGAAAUGGUGGAGCAAGAGUUUAAUCGUCUGCUGGAAGCCACAUCCUACCUCAGUCAUCAGCUGGAUUUUAACGUUCUCAAUAAUAAGCCUGUCUCCCUAGGUCAGGCUCUGGAGGUUGUCAUACAGCUGCAGGAGAAGCAUGUGAAGGAUGAGCAGAUUGAGCACUGGAAAAAAAUUGUGAAAACACAGGAGGAAUUGAAAGACCUUCUGAACAAGAUGGUGAAUUUAAAAGAGAAGAUUAAAGAACUUCAUCAGCAGUAUAAGGAAGCAUCAGAGGUGAAGCCACCUCGAGAUAUUACAGCAGAGUUCCUUGUGAAAAGCAAGCACAGAGAUCUGACUGCACUCUGCAAGGAGUACGAUGAACUGGCGGAAACACAAGGAAAGCUGGAGGAGAAGUUACAGGAACUUGAAGCCAAUCCUCCAAGUGAUGUUUAUCUGUCAUCAAGAGACAGGCAAAUACUCGACUGGCACUUUGCAAACCUAGAAUUUGCCAAUGCUACACCCCUGUCUACGCUGUCACUGAAGCACUGGGACCAGGAUGAUGACUUUGAGUUCACAGGCAGUCACUUGACUGUGAGGAACGGCUAUUCCUGUGUGCCUGUAGCCUUAGCAGAAGGCUUGGAUAUUAAACUGAACACAGCAGUUCGCCAGGUUCGCUACACAGCAUCAGGUUGUGAAGUGAUCGCUGUAAACACGCGCUCUACGAGCCAGACUUUCAUUUACAAAUGUGAUGCUGUGCUGUGCACUCUUCCCUUGGGAGUACUGAAGCAGCAGCCUCCAGCAGUACAGUUUGUGCCACCUCUGCCUGAGUGGAAAACUUCGGCAGUUCAGCGGAUGGGAUUUGGCAACCUUAACAAGGUUGUGUUGUGUUUUGAUCGUGUCUUCUGGGAUCCGAGCGUCAAUUUGUUUGGCCAUGUUGGUAGCACUACUGCAAGCAGAGGAGAACUUUUCCUGUUCUGGAACCUGUACAAAGCACCAAUUCUGUUGGCCUUGGUGGCAGGAGAAGCAGCAGGAAUCAUGGAAAACAUCAGUGAUGAUGUCAUUGUUGGACGGUGCCUUGCCAUCCUCAAAGGCAUCUUUGGGAGCAGCGCUGUGCCUCAGCCUAAGGAAACGGUGGUGUCCCGCUGGCGCGCCGACCCCUGGGCCCGGGGCUCCUACUCCUAUGUAGCAGCCGGAUCUUCUGGCAAUGACUAUGAUCUGAUGGCUCAGCCCAUUACUCCCGGACCAGCCAUUCCCGGUGCUCCGCAGCCCGUUCCUCGCCUCUUCUUUGCUGGGGAGCACACGAUCCGCAACUACCCGGCCACGGUGCACGGGGCUCUGCUGAGCGGGCUCCGGGAAGCCGGGCGCAUUGCAGACCAGUUCCUGGGGGCCAUGUACACUCUGCCUCGCCAGCCCACGCCGGGGGUGCCCCCCCAGCCAGCGGCCACCAUGUGAGGAGCAUAGGAGGUACCCGAAGAGGAGGGACAAGACCCCAGUGCUGCUGCUGGGGCCUCCGUGGGGUGAAGAUGCAGAGUCUGCAGCGGUGCCUGAGCCACAGCUCAGCCAGGAGCUCCUGUGGACACUCCCAUUGGAUUCCUGUGAACACUCCCAUUGGAUUCCUGUGAACACUCCCAUUGGAAUGAGCUCACAGAAGCUCUGGCUUGGCAGGAUCUCCUGGAGCUCUUUGAAGGGUCCAUGCCCACAGUUCUGUGCUGCCAGGCUGGGCAGGGGCUUCGUGGGACCCUGUCAAUGCUUCCUGAAGGUCAAGUUUGUAGCUGGAGGAUUUUUUAGGUGUGUUUGGGGUUUUUGUUGACUUUUGUUUUCUACCUACCCGUGGGUUUACAAUGUGGUAAGUGCACAAGGGCAGCUGGUACCUACACCUGGGGGCUUAGUGUACAAUUAAUGUUAUUAAUAAUAACUAUGUGGGUGCUUUUUUUACUGUUUUGAAGAACAGUAUUUAUUGACCAAUUCUCUUCUUACCUGGCAUUUGAGUUUGAUGCAACUGUUUCUCCCCUCCACAAUGUCCAUUGGCUGCUACUGUAUGUAUCCUGUUCUAGAAAGCAAGCUGGUAUUACUAAGAGUGUGCAAAGCAUCCUGGGUUAUUAAAUACCUUCAGCUAAAGAAAUACCAAAAUUGGGUAUUUUGAAGUUUAAAAAUGGUUUGUAUUUGUUGCUAUAGAAAGAUUGUUGCCCAGGCAGGAAGUCAGCUGAGGGACCUGAUCUCUUGGCUUCUGUAUGCUGCCUGCAGGCACUCUGUGCACCUCUUGCCUUCACGUCUGCUGGCUUGCUGAGGUGAUGCUGCAGCUGCCAUUGUUGUGCUGCUGGAAACCACUUUGGGUUUGUGCUUUUCCAAAUACCCAACUCCUCUCACCUUCCUCUUCCUGCAGGUUAUUUCUCUCUCAUCUCAGCACGGUCUCUGCUCACACUUUUCCUGUUCUCACUCUGUGACCCUGUGUCUGUACAUGUGCAGUCUGCCCUUGUACCUUCUGUUCCUGCCAGAGGACCAAUACAUCCUUUUGUUCCAUGCUCAUUCCUCUGGAAUUACACAGCCCACACUUCUUCCUGUGAAAGAUACCCACAAGCCUGACUGCAGCCCUGGUUGUUUAUAGUUAUAUUGUCCUCGGCCUCAGGCUCUCCACUUCUAGCAUCUUCUGACAAGCUCUGAGAAGGGGGAGGACUCAGAUGUGAUGAGCAGUAGUGUGUGAAGGGGCACAGACAUGAAGUGUCAAGGACUAAACCCAUCUGAAGUGGCUGGAUUUGGUUUCCUGGGGGACAGGCUUUGAACCUGAGCCUCUGCCUGAAUGAGUGUGAGCAUCCUCCUGUUCUCUAACGUGGCAAAUGUUACUACUUGGAAGGGGUAGUCCUCAGCAACACACCUGAUCCUUGCUUUCUCUGCACGAUGGACUUUGUGAUGGUUGGUCAGGAAACUGUCACUGAAGUGGGGCAGGAAUUAGGAGUCCAUCAGGGCACGGAGGAGGGGGUUGUCUUAGGGGGUGAGGAAGAGUAAAUGGGGAGUCAUUUAAGAUGCAAGCCUCCCUUUAUGUUCAGGUAAAAGCCUGUUGGCAGAACAGUACUACCCAGAGAAGUGCUGUUCCAGAGUGAGAUGCAACAGGCCUUUAACAAUGCACUCACCAUUGGUUUGAGGAGAGCUCAUCUCUCAUCUCGUGAGCACUGUCCUGCUUUUCCUUUGCAAAAAGACGUCUAAAUAACACACCUGAGAUAAUAGAAUAUGCAGAUGGAGUUACAGGUGGGAAAGCGAGGAGUGAGAGCAGUGCAGGUGACACCAUUGCAGAGCUCAACAUGUGCAGAACAUGCCCAGCACCAGCUUUCUGUCCUGGUUCUUCAGCUGUGGGACCAGGGGCUUGCAGCAUCUCCUGGCCAAGAUCUGCUUCCUCAGACUCCAUAAGGUGUGACCCUGACUGGCCUCUGGAGCCAGGGAUGUAGCAGGAUGUCAAACUGGGAUCCCUGUGUCCUUCUGGACUUGAUGCUUUAAACUGUCAACUGUUCAUCCGAAUUCUUUGUCCUCAGUAUUAUUUCAUGUAAGUGCCUGUACCACUGCUGUGCCCAUGCAGAGAGACUGCUUCUGUAGGUGGAAGGGUUAACCCUCGGAGGCAUUGGAGCAGGUUACCAGGGCAGUGCUGCAGUCACCACCCCUGGAAGUGUUCACAGAGUGGGUAGGUGAGGCUCUCGGUGCCAUGCGUUAGUGUUGGCCUUGGCACUGCUGGGGAACGCUGGAAUGUGGUGAUUUUA